CUGCGCAGUGAUCCGCCCGGGAUAUAUAAGGCGCCGGCACCGUACUGCGGCCUCUUCAUUCAUUCCAUCGGUCUGUCUGUCGGCGACUCGCAGUUUCCAGCCAGCAAGAUGCCAGAAGAAGUCCAUCAAGGCGAGGAGGAUGUGGAGACCUUCGCAUUCCAGGCUGAGAUUGCUCAGCUUAUGUCCUUGAUCAUCAACACCUUCUACUCCAACAAAGAAAUCUUCCUGCGAGAGCUGAUCUCCAAUGCCUCUGAUGCCCUGGACAAGAUCCGCUAUGAGAGCCUUACAGACCCCUCCAAGCUGGACAGCGGAAAGGAGCUCAAAAUCGACAUCACCCCCAACCGUCUUGAGCGUACCCUGACCUUGGUGGAUACAGGCAUUGGAAUGACAAAGGCCGACCUCAUCAACAACCUGGGAACCAUCGCCAAGUCUGGCACCAAGGCCUUUAUGGAGGCCCUGCAGGCUGGAGCAGACAUCUCCAUGAUUGGCCAGUUCGGUGUUGGUUUCUACUCUGCGUACCUGGUGGCAGAGAAGGUUGUGGUGAUCACUAAACACAAUGACGAUGAGCAGUACGCCUGGGAAUCCUCUGCCGGCGGAUCCUUCACUGUUAAGGUCGACACCGGUGAACCCAUCGGCCGCGGCACCAAAGUCAUCCUGCACAUGAAGGAGGACCAGUUGGAGUACCUAGAGGAGAAGAGAGUAAAGGAGGUGGUGAAGAAACACUCUCAAUUCAUCGGCUAUCCCAUCACACUCUAUCUGGAGAAGGAAAGAGACAAGGAGAUAAGUGACGAUGAGGCUGAAGCAGAGGAGGAGAAGGAAGAGGAGAAAAAAGAUGAAGAAGCUGGUGAAGACAAACCCAAGAUAGAAGAUGUGGGUUCUGAUGAGGAAGAGGAGGCAAAGGACAAAAAGAAAAAGACCAAGAAGAUCAAGGAGAAAUACAUCGACCAGGAGGAACUGAACAAGACCAAACCAAUCUGGACUCGCAAUCCCGAUGACAUCAGCCAGGAAGAGUAUGGAGAAUUCUACAAGAGUCUGACCAACGACUGGGAGGACCAUCUGGCUGUUAAGCACUUUUCUGUGGAGGGUCAAUUGGAAUUCCGCGCUCUUCUCUUCAUCCCUCGCCGCGCUCCCUUUGACCUGUUUGAGAACAAGAAGAAAAAGAACAACAUCAAGCUGUACGUGCGCAGAGUGUUCAUCAUGGACAGUUGUGACGAGCUGAUCCCAGAGUACCUGAACUUUGUCCGUGGUGUUGUGGACUCCGAGGAUCUUCCUCUAAACAUCUCCAGAGAGAUGCUGCAACAAAGUAAAAUCCUGAAGGUCAUUCGUAAGAACAUUGUGAAGAAAUGCAUGGAGCUCUUCUCUGAGCUGGCAGAUGACAAGGAGAACUACAAGAAGUUCUAUGAAGCUUUCUCAAAGAACCUGAAGCUUGGAAUCCAUGAAGACUCUACAAACAGGAAGAAGCUGUCUGAACUCCUGAGGUAUCACACCUCUCAGACCGGAGACGAGAUGGCUGCACUUUCAGAAUACGUCUCUCGCAUGAAGGAAACUCAGAAGAGCAUCUACUACAUCACUGGGGAGAGCAAGGAACAAGUUGCAAACUCCGCCUUCGUGGAGCGAGUGAGGAAACGCGGCUUUGAGGUUGUGUACAUGACAGAGCCAAUCGAUGAGUACUGUGUCCAGCAGCUAAAGGAGUUUGAUGGAAAGACCCUGGUGUCUGUAACCAAGGAGGGCCUGGAGCUUCCUGAAGACGACGAUGAGAAGAAAAAGAUGGAGGAGAACAUAACCAAGUUUGAGGGUCUGUGCAAACUGAUGAAAGAAAUCUUGGACAAAAAAGUAGAAAAGGUAACCGUUUCCAACCGCCUUGUGUCCUCUCCUUGCUGCAUUGUCACCAGCACAUAUGGCUGGACAGCAAACAUGGAGCGUAUCAUGAAGGCCCAGGCUCUUCGGGAUAAUUCCACCAUGGGCUACAUGAUGGCCAAGAAACACCUGGAGAUCAACCCCGAGCACCCCAUCGUGGAGACCCUGAGACAGAAAGCAGAGGCUGACAAGAAUGACAAGGCUGUGAAGGAUCUGGUGGUGCUGCUUUUCGAGACUGCACUUCUCUCCUCCGGCUUCUCCCUGGAUGACCCCCAGACACAUUCCAACAGAAUCUACAGAAUGAUCAAACUAGGCUUGGGUAUCGACGAAGAUGAACCCGCAAUUGAGGAAACUACUGCAGCUGUCCCAGACGAGAUCCCACCUCUGGAAGGAGAGGAAGAUGCAUCCCGCAUGGAAGAAGUGGAUUAAUGCGAUUUGCCCCCCUCUUUACCCUUCCCCUCCCCCCAACCCCCCUCUAUCUGUAAGUUGUUCCCAGGGAGCUUACUGCUCGGACUCUGGACUGAAAAUGAUGCCCAUUACUGGGGGUGUAAAGGGACAGUGGCUGCUAAACUUUCUCUGCCCCCUGGUCAAUUUGCACUGCAGUAUGCCCCCUGUGGGUUGGGGGGGCUGUAAUUUAACCCUGUGCUCCCUCUGUACACCCCCUCAAUUUGUUGCCGGAUGUGCGGCUCCUCUGCCUGGCACAGCGUACAUUCCCACAUGACUGGAUUCAUAAGCUGCUGGAAUGUUCCUCCCCGGCCAGUAUGUAAAGUCCUGGUAUAAGGACUGUCCAUUGUGUAUAUUUGUAGUGCUUUCCACCUCCAUUGCUGGUCCUUCGCUGCCCCCACAGUGCCCUCAGGAAGUCCCAGAAUGCUCAUGUUUUGCAGUCACGUCAGUUUGUGUUCACCAAACUUUAUUUUGUAUUUUCAUUUGCUCGUAAAACAUAAAAUACAUUAUGCAAAAUAAAGUCCUUUUUACAGUGUC